UUUUUUUUUUUUUGCACCAGCGCGUGCCCGCGAGGUACGACGGACGAGGACCGCGGCUGACGCGUCCCUAAAAUUUUUUUUUUUUCCCGCUGCGGCUUCAUUUCCCCUCCAAACAUCUCAGGUUAUGCAUCCCAAAAGCAUCCCCGGAUCUCCCGCCGUGAAAGAAAAGGGCUGACCUCCGUCAUCCCUCUGGUUCCCAGUUCGCCUCUCCACCUGAGCCCACUCGUCUCGGCCACACUUCCAUUCUGCUUCGUGGGCCACGCUCGACCCACCACCGCCCCUCCCCCCCUGCAUCAGGAGCCGUCUUCAUCCGGGCCCCAGAGCCUUGUCAAAGCCAAUCACGCCCCCUGGCUGAGGGCCAAACCCAAUGGCUACAGGUGGUCAUGUCCCUGAGAUAGACGUUCUGAUCAACCUGCAUCAGGCAAGGGAGGCUGACGAUCAUGAGGAAGAAUCACUGGAUAAACAGAAAGAAGAGGAGGAGGAAGAGGAGGAGGACUGGGAGAAAGCACUUUCUGUGGAGUGCUUUGCCGACAUCAUCAGUGACUCUGCCUCCGCCAGUGCUGACAAGAUGGGACGGAAUUACACCGAAAAAGAUUUUGAGUAUCACAGACACACGAUUCACCACAUACAUCACCCCUUAUCCACCCACUUGCCCAUACCCCAGCGCUUACGCAAGCGGGUGCACAGCAUGGACCGCCGGCGCCGAAAGAAGCGGAAGAAAAAAAAGACCUCCCUACCACCCUCUGAAGUUACACCCACCAUCCAUGAGGUAGACGAGGAGGAGGUCGAGCCUGAAGUUGACCCACAGAAGGUGGCCACAGACUUACCCAGCAUUGAAGCACAGUUUAGUUUGGAGAGCCAAGAGGACUUGGAGGAAGUCCCUCCAAACACCACCUUCCAUACAGAACAUGAAGGACGUUGUUCCACCCAAAAAUGCACAUUAACUCUAAAGGGAGAGGUCUAUCGUGGUGGAUAUGCUGUCAUUGAACACCACCAGGAGAUGGAAAAGGGCGACGCACCUUGCAGCAGUGUGGGCGCAGGACCCGUACCCCCCAGGGCGACCGCCACCCACAGCAGGUUCCGUCGACGGCCCACCCACCAUCGCAUGACAAGUGCCCAGCGGAGCAACUAUGACCUGAGGGAGAGGAUCUGCAUCGGCAGCAUGACCGCUGUUGAGACGGCUGUCUAUCAGCAAGUGCCAACUGAUGAAGCCGAGGCCCAGAUGUUGGCCAGCGUCGACUUGGACGACAUGAAAAGUCACAGAUUCGAGGACAACCCCGGGGUGAGACGUCACCUGGUGAAGAAGUCCUCCAGAUGCCAGCUGGGCCGGACAAGUAACAGUUCUACGCCGCUAUGCAGCUUGAAGAAGAAGAAAAGAGCAGCAGACAAGAAGACUCAUGAGUUGUUCGUAGAGCUGAACGAGCUCAUCGUAGAGAAGGACCAUGAGAUGCGUUGGAAGGAGCGCGCUCGCUGGAUCAAGUUCGAAGAGGACGUGGAGGAGGAGACCGACCGCUGGGGGAAACCUCACGUGGCUUCACUCUCCUUCCGAAGUUUACUUGAGCUCCGUCGCACCAUCACUCAUGGUGCCAUCCUCCUGGACCUUGAGCAGAACUCUCUGCCUGGAAUUGCCCAUUUGGUGGUGGAGACGAUGAUCAUCUCUGAUCAGAUCAGGCCUGAGGACAGAUCCUGUGUCCUCCGGGCUCUGCUUCUCAAACACAGCCAUCCAAGUGACAUGAAGCACCGUUUCCACCGCUACCAAUCGUCCGCCAGCCUCCAUGGGACUUUCAAUCACAACAAUGUCCAGGACACCAGCUUGCCCCUCGUCGCCGAAGAACACGGUGAACACCAGGACAGCAAAGGGCCCGUUUAUGACCCGAAACAAGAAGUCUUUGUCAGCCUGUUCAAAUCUCUCCACCCUCUAUCUCCUGAGAGCCAUCCAGCGGCCGCCAGAUCCUUAAAGCUCCUCGCCAAGAUACCCAGAGAUGCCGAAGCUGUCAUUGUUUUAGUUGGGUGUGUUGAAUUUCUGGAGCAGCCAGCCAUGGCUUUCCUUCGGCUCAAUGAGGCUGUGCUUCUGGAGUCGGUGUUGGAGGUCCCUGUUCCUGUCCGCUUCAUUUUCGUUCUCCUCGGUCCCAGUCAGUCCAACAUGGACUAUCAUGAGAUUGGACGUUCCUUCUCAACCCUCAUGUCUGACAAGAACUUCCAUGAGGUUGCUUAUUUCGCUGACAACAGACAGGACCUACUGAAUGGCAUCAAUGAGUUCUUGGACUGCAGCAUUGUCAUCCCACCGUCUGACGUGGAGGGUAAAGACCUCCUGAAGACGGUGGCCGACUUCCAGAAGCAGAUGCUGCGCAAGCGUAAGGAAAGAGAGUUGAAGAAGCACCAUUCAUCGGCUGGCAUGGAACAGGACAACAAAGAUAUGAGUCCAGAGGAGGAGGAGAAUGAAGAACAAGAGAUUGACCCAUUGAUGCGUUCAGGGGUUCCUUUUGGAGGACUGAUCCACGACAUUCGCCGCCGGUACCCUCACUAUGUCAGUGACUUGAAAGACGCCGUGGACACGCAAUGCAUCGCUGCUGUCAUCUUCAUUUACUUUGCCGCUCUGUCACCCACCAUAACGUUCGGAGGCUUGCUAGGCGAGAAAACUGAGGGGAUGAUGGGAGUGACCGAACUUAUUGUUUCCACUGCAACCCUCGGAGUUAUAUUCUCACUGCUUGCGGGUCAGCCUCUGCUCAUCAUCGGCUUCUCUGGACCCUUGCUGGUGUUUGAGGAAGCGUUCUACAAGUUUUGUCAGGCCUAUGAUUUUGAGUACCUCACCGGUCGGGUCUGGAUCGGGUUCUGGCUCAUCUUCAUCGUCCUGGUGAUCGUCGCGGCCGAGGGCAGCUUUCUGGUGCGCUUCAUCUCACCUUUUACUCAAGAGAUAUUCGCCUUCCUGAUUUCCCUCAUCUUCAUCUAUGAGACUUUCUCCAAGCUCAGCAAGGUAUUUCAGGAGCAUCCACUGAUGUCAUGGUACCCUGGUGACUCGACCCCGCCCACCGAUGUUCACGACAUCACCAACCAACCCAACACUGCUCUCAUGUCCCUUCUGCUCAUGAUGAGCACCUUCUUUAUCGCUUUCUUCCUCCGAAAAUUCAGAAACAGUCGAUUUUUGGGCGGAAAGGCUCGAAGGAUCAUCGGGGACUUCGGUAUCCCCAUUUCCAUUUUAUUGUCCGUGUUGGUGGAUUACUCCAUCACUGACACUUACACGCAGAAACUCAAUGUGCCAUCGGGAUUUUCCGUCACUUCCCCCGAAAAGAGAGGUUGGUUCAUCAGCCCCUUUGGGGACAAGCAGCCCUUCCCCACCUGGAUGAUGGGAGCGUCGGUCGUGCCCGCCCUCCUCGUCUUCAUACUCAUUUUCAUGGAGACCCAGAUCACCUCGCUCAUCGUCAGCAAGAAGGAGCGCCGCCUGGUCAAAGGCUCCGGCUUCCACCUCGAUUUGCUGCUCAUUGUUAUUCUCGGAGCCUUCUGCCCGCUCUUCGGCCUGCCGUGGCUGACGGCGGCCACCGUGCGCUCUGUCACUCACGUCAACGCCCUCACUGUCAUGAGCAAAGCCACAGCGCCCGGGGAAAAGCCCAUGAUCCAGGAGGUGAAAGAGCAGCGGUUGACGGGGCUUCUGGUGGCCGUGCUUGUUGGUAUGUCCAUGGUGAUGACGGAUGUGCUGCGGCUCAUACCGCUGGCCGUGCUCUUUGGCAUCUUCCUGUACAUGGGGGUGACAUCUUUGACAGGCAUCCAGUUAUAUGAACGCAUCACGCUCAUGGUCACGCCGGCGAAGCACCACCCUGACCAUAUAUACGUCACCAAGGUGAAGACGUGGCGCAUGAACCUGUUCACCAUCAUCCAGCUGGCGUGCAUCGUGGCAUUAUGGGUAGUGAAGUCCACCGCGGCCUCCCUGGCAUUCCCCUUUGUCCUCAUCAUGACGGUGCCGCUCCGGCGCGUGGUCCUCUCCAGAAUCUUCGAGGAACGUGAGCUCCAGGCGCUGGACUGUGAUGAAGAUUCUCCCAACUUCAAUGAAGACGGACGGGAUGAGUACAACGAGAUUCACAUGCUGGUGUAAAAUCGAAACGAGCCGAGAAGAGCAUCUUCCUUUUAACGCUUUGGAGUCAAAAUCUUUGGCAGUGACAUUUAUUUAGUCUCUGGGUCAACGGGGCAAAAAUAUUUAGAAAAAAUGUAUUUGUAAGAUAGAUUUAUAUUCAUAUUUUCUAUUUUAUGAUGAAAAUAUACUGGUUGUGUGCAUAGCUCAGAUAAAUAUGUUUAUCCCUUUAAUUACUCUGCAGGCUUUGGGCAUAUGUGCAAUGGUAGGGCGUACUCCCACCUGGUUAUUCGAACCACGCUGGCACUUUUUUUUUCCCUGAUAUUGUACAAGCCGGGAGGAAAUGCUACGUUGUUGUUACGUGCGUGUAUGUACAGAUAGUAAACUUCGUUUUUUCCAAAAAUGUACAAAGCCAUUCCCCAAUAUUGGGCUGGGACUAACGCGCCGGUGAGCGACCGCGCUGU